UGACAUGUUGCUUUAAUGAAUCACUUAUAUAAGGGAAUAAGUACCGCGUGGAUAAUCUUCGUAACAAGUACGACGUAACCUUAUUACAGUGAAGUGCAUAGUGCAACGUACAGAGUGAUCCUCUUCGGUUGGAUUGUUUUUAUCGACGUAUCGUCUCGACACUACUAGCUCGCGACAUUCACAGGACAUCAUGCUGUAGAGGGUCCAUGUCCGUCGAGAGAGAAGAAGUGGGUCGGUCAACCUCGAGGCUAUAGGCCAGCCCGAGUUUCGUGCAGGAAGGUCGGUCGUUAGAGAAAACCGUGUUGACGAGCGAGAAAGAUCGACGAAGAUCGGCGAGUGGCGAAGAAAGCAACGAGCAUGGACCAGCGAGAGGUGACUCAUCCGCUCGUUUCUCAAUGGACAGAGUCACUGUGACCGAACGGACGUAGGAGAAAGUGGCGGCACGAGCGCAAAAGUCGAGGCGAGGAAACGCGUGAAACGGAGAGGUUCGAUUGGAAGUCGAGAUUGCGGAGAGGAGUCAGGAAAAUCCUUUCGAUUCGAACGUACAGGUCGGAGGUUACAGUCGAGUCGAGCGUAUAAAUCGUAUCGCGAUAGAACGCGAAGAAUAUCGUGAAAGUGUUGGAAAGCGAAAUUUAGAAAAGAAGAAUCUCGAAGAACGAACGAGGUUGAAGAAGAUCGAUCGCAGAAGGCGGAUCAUCUGUGUGGUUGGAUUUGAAAUCGUGCGAAGGAUAAUUUGCAUUGUAAUGGCAACAUUGAUCUUGUAGCGGUAAUUUGUGAAUGAUAAUUUUUACUCGUAACAGACAAUAAUAGGAAGAGACGCGAGGAAGAAGAAUAAAAGAAAGCGAAGAUGAGUAGAAGAACUAUGCCACUGGUUGGACUGAAUUCUUGCGAGAGGAUAAGACCGGAGAGACUUAGGAAUCCUAUUCAGAGACUCGUGUGGGGUCCUGGUACUCAGUUUCUAGUUGGUCAAGCUGGUUUGCCGGAGGACGAGGGAUCGAAUCCACGAAUGGCUCUGAGAAGGCUCCUUAGAUUGUACGAGGGAAGACAAUACAGAGAAGCAGCCGCUUUUCUCAUGAAACUGCCACACUAUACCUUGAGGACCACUCUGCCGGACAUUCCCGUGGACCUGUUGAUCGAAACGCUUCCUCAUAGCCUGUCCCUGCUGGAGGCUCUCUACUCGAGGCUCGUCGAGUUGAACGUGGACGACGCGAAAAUCUUGAAAGUGGAGCCAGUCCUUUGGAGGAUCGUCCAUCUGAUCUCGAUCAGCCAGGACCAUUUCCGUCUGAGGAUCUGGUGCAAGCUGCUGAUCUCCCUGAACAAAUUGGCCCCUAACGCGAGGAGCAUCCUGGCCGCUAAGAAAAGGACUUUGGACAGGGCGGUGGAAGGUUUGGGCAAGCACGGAUUGGUGGCAUCCUGUCAUCCGAGCAAUUUGGAAAACGCCGGCGCGUCGAAUCUGGUGCCUUUACCCGUGGCGCUGAAGGAGCAGCUGGAGAACAGAAUCGAGACGUACAAGUUGGCCGUGCACAAGAUCGAGAGCUUCGGCAAGCACGCGAGAACUCACAGAGCGGACCAAGGUGUACAGGCGGCGUCGCAUCAGAGGCAACUUUCGCUCAAGUACAGCGAGAUUCAGCAGAGGCUGAUCGAUAAUCAGAGUUUGUUGAACACGUUGGAGAAAGCUGGCGACCCAAGUAGCUUAGAAAGUCUGUUAUCCGAGUUGAAGCGAAGGGUCGAACAGGACAAGGAAGCUCUCAGACAAUGGACAGCCUUGAGGAAAUCCACUUUCGGCGGGAAUACGAAGAAUCCACCGCUAGCCGCCAGAUUGCUGCAAUUCUCCAGAGGCUGCGAGCUAGCACUACAAUUGAUGAACCAGGAUAAUCUACAAGUAUUCGAGCCGAGCGAAAAUUUGCCGGACGACUACGACGAGGAAUCCAGCAGCAGCGCUGGUUAUCACACGGACGAGAGCUGCAGCCCGACUCCGGAACCAUCGGUCAGAAACGGAUGUAUGAUUCUCAGGGUGGAGAAGACUUUUCCAAAUUUAACAUUCGACGACGCGACCGCCGAACGACUGGCCGAAAGAUACGCGGCUCUCUACGACCAGGCGCAUUUGCAUACGUUGGACGCUCUGGACGCUCUGCAACCUCUGAAGGAUGCAACCGACUUAAAAGCCAAGAUACUCUAUUCGGUGGUCGUGCUCUCCUGGCGGCUGGCGGGCAUAAUUCAGACGUCGAGGUAUCUGCAAGCGAUGAAAAUUCUGAACGGUACCGCGGCCACGGAACAGGCGACACCGGAGUUGGAAGAAUGCGUGAAGCGACAGCUGGCGACUUCCGGUGCGCGGACCGGUUCCCGCGAGGUCGCGGAACAGGUGGUCAACCAGCUGGAAAGAACUCUGUACGACUUUCCGUGUCUACGGGGAUGCGUAGAGGUCAAGAACUACGCCGAUGCUUGUUCCAGUUUGGCCUGGGCCUGUCUGGCCCGUGUCACGCCUUUGGUCCUCGACGUGGCUCAAGCUUUGGAAUUCAGACGAGAGAUUCACCUGAGGCAUCACGCCUCUCCGGAUCCAAAUGGUACGAGAAUUAAGACAGUUUUGUGGCCCGGUUUGAGGGAAGGCUGUCAAGGUCCCUGCCUUCGCAAGGCGGUUGUUCUUACUUCUUAACAUUAACACGUUUUUACCGGUAUGUGGAUUUCGGCUGACUUUUCCAGUCACGCGAAUCGCCUUACUUUAAAUCGAGAUAUACGUAAAAUACGUAAGUAUACUGGCCAUAAGUAUUACGUACUUAUUACAAUUAUCAUGCAAAACUUUAAGGAAUUUUAUUUUAUUCGAUAUUUUAUAUUAUAAAGCAUAAGGUACGAUGAUAAAGAAUGAAUUAUUUAUAAUAAAACAGUGGAAGGCAUUCGAUCUAAGGUACCCAAUAUCGCCAAGUGUCAAAAUACUUGCGUCCAUUAAGAAGUCUAACUUCUGCUGUGAGACACACGCGGUUGCAACUAGAUGGUUAUGCAAAUGCAAUAUUCUUACUUAUGUGUGAUAAAUAUCAACUGGAUUGCAUGACUGGAUCGCGUAUUAAUCCAUUGAAAACCAGGCACAGUGAAAUAGUACACGGUAUAUAGAAGUUGAAGAACAAAAUAAAUAUAAAGUAACGACGUUCAAGAUGCAAAAAAUGUAAUGGUAAAAUUAACGUUAAAAAAGACAGAAGAAAGGUGCAAAUGCGAUAUCAAUUAUCAUUGUCACCUUUAUAUAAAGUGGUUUCAAAAAGUAUCCGCACACCAUUCUAUAUAUUGUAACAUUUUUCUAUGUAGUAGAAUUUAUUAAGUUCAAGUGUAUUAUAUUGUGUUAACGUUGGUUCUUAAUGGAUUAAAAUAUGUUAGGCAUAUAGCGUCAUAUAAGCAACGUCCUUUGAGAUACGUGCGGUUAAGGAAUUCUUGCUGGGAAAUUCGAUUGAAAACGCGUAAACUUCUACGAUCCUGCUUCGAAUUCGAGAGAAAAAAAAAGAAGUUGAUUUUUAAGUGAAAGGAUAAAGUAAAAUAUGAUAAAUAGAUAAACGGAUAGAAUCAGAAAGUAAGUUAGAGUCGUGGAGAUCAUGAAGAGGAAAUGCAGACGAUGUGGAGUGGGAUGUACGCCACUGGCUGCUCCAAUUUCCACGCGUGCCUCGUCGCAGUCUUGAAUUUCCCAAGGGGAACUGGAAUUACAUUUAUACUCCGUCUUAUGUAACAGAAACGCGUCGCACUCUUUACCCUCUAGCGAGAUAGGGUUUUAGCGUUAGCGGCGUGAUGAGAUUCUUUAAUGUCACACGAUCUCGCGCACGGUGCUCUCGUUGCUAAACAAGUCGCAGUUGUUUGCACAAUCGAAGAUUCUUCGCGAGCAUCUUGCAAAUAGAAACGAAUACCAAUUACCUACGCGCGUUUUGAUCUUUUUAACGCUAUUCAAUCUAUUAGAGACGAAUGAUUUAUCAAGGAUAUUGUAAACCCGAUAUUUCAUUUGUGAUUUCCUUUUGGUCAGUUCACAUUAAUAAAGUCUAUCAAUCUUUCACGUUGUAAUUAGAAAAAGAAAUCUCAAGAAUUUACUGAAUAUCUUUUUCGUUACUAUUUCUUCUUUUAUCUAGAUUAUACGAUAAUACGCAUUUUGAAGAAAUUAAACUAUUACAUAAAUUAGUUUUUCCUUUUGUGCCUUUGAUUUGCGUAAUAGCAUCUGUAAUGUAUAUAUUAUCCUAAUACGUUGUUUGUACCUUGAUAAAACAAUAACUUACCUUAUAUUACGUUACUUACGGUUUCUAAUAAAUUGUUAACGUUGU